AGCCAGGCUCUCGCUCUCCGCUAGCAACUUCUGCGGCCACGUCGCCUCGCCGCGGAUCCGUGCGCUCUGGGCUGGGCACAGCUUGGCUCGGGCGCCGAGCGGAACGGGGACUCUUUGGCGAGGCGGAGGGAGACGGGACACGCGAGCCCCGGGUUCCAGAGCGUGGAACCCUCUGUUGCCAGCGGCAGGCUGCGGGGAGCCGGGGCAGGGGUGGCCGCGCCCGCCGCUCCGGUUCCCGGGGCAGGGAAAGCCAGAGAAUCAAGGUGCUGGUGACUGGGCUGUAGGAUGGCAUUGCAAAAGCAAAAGGAGGAUGUCUCUGGAGAGCUGACAGAACCUUUUGCCCAGGAUUCAAAGACAAAGAUGGUGGAGGAAGAGGAAGAAGCAGUGGUGGAAGUGGAGUUGGAGGCCCUUGGCUCUGAAAGCAGCUUUGAAACUGAAACCCCGGAUGUACUUGGGGACGGUGGCCACCCCACCCCUGAGGACGAAGACAGCAGGCCCUUGUUCUUUGAGAAGAACCUGGAGCAACUUGACACCUCACACACAGUAAUGUGUACAUUCUCAAUUUCACUAGCUGUGCCAAUGGCUGCAGGUCCAAAGCAUAGGCCAUCCAAUUUAACUGACAGGCAGAGAAAAAAGUCUAAUGUUGGGAAAGAUGCAGCAGCUAUUCCAAAAAUGCGGCGUUACUACCACAUUGAGUACUUCCUUCUACCAGACGAUGUUGAGCCUAGGAAACUUGAUUUGGCGUUAUUUGGUGUGGUGGCCAAGCUGUUUGUGGAAUGUGAAUCCAAGCCAUCGACUGCACAGGUUCAAGCAGAGCGCUACAGGCAGAAACGGCCGACAACAAUAAUUUCCUCAGUUGUGAAACCGUGGUUUGAAAAUGACCAAAUAUGGGUGUCCUGGAACCACAGUAUUAAUAUUCAUGUUACUAACGAGUUUCUAAUAAAACUGAGAGAUCACAAAGUAACUCUGACAAUAUGGGAUACCAAGGACAAAGUUUCUGCAAAAGCUAGGUUUAGUAAACCCAGGGUUCCUUUUUCGCAGGUAGAGGAUUCAGAUGCUAUUGGUGGAGUAAAAUAUACAGUGUUAUUGCAAAGAAAACUCUUUGAGGACAAUCAGCCAGAACUCAGCUGUGUUAAAAUUAAAGGUGUGAAGGUACCCAGUGCACCAGAGAAACCUGCAAUGGGUUUUGCAGCAGGGGAAAGUAAGUCUUUACUGGAGGAAGCUGAACUGUAUGAGGCACCAGCAUCCCUUUCUGUUUUCCAAUCUUUACUUCCUCCCUCAAGGACAGAUGACUUUCCUUCAGUGAGUCGUUUUAGUGUUUCAGGAAGUAUCCUUUCUAACAGAGACAAAAUCCUGAAUGAGGGCAAUUAUUUGAAGCAGAAUACAAUUGCUGGCUUUUCAGAUUAUGUGAUUCCAAAAAAGCCAGAGAAAACGAAGUUCAGCUUGGAAAAUGCAGCAGACCACACAGACAAAAAAGAUCCAAAAGGUAAAAGGAAAAGUUCUACUCCUAAAAGAGGCCCUGCUCUUAAAGAACGAAGGCAAAGCAACUGUAAAGUGUCCAAUGCACAGACCCUGAUUGCGGCAUUGACAAAGAAGUGUGGCAUAGCAUCUUUGCAACUGGAUCUCAUGCCUCUCCUCUCAGGGGAAAGUUUAGUGAUCAGUCGACUGCAAAGGAAAUCCCCUAAGAUUUUAGAUGCUUAUGUGACUUUCACUACAGAAGAACCUCUUAUGUCUGAGAGACAGAUAAGGGAAUUAAAUCCGCUGAUUAUUAAGAUUCAUUCUGCUACAUGCCUCCCGAUGACUCCUGUCCCAAUUGAAGUGCUGCAGGCGACCUGUGUUCCCACAUACUGCAGAUACCAAUUUCACAACCUCCCUCCUCAUCAAACGCAAGGGCAAACCCAUGGAACUCACAUCUAUUUUAAAGAUGUCAAUGUGAUUCUAACAGGGACAAUCAGUCCUGGGGAAUUGCGUGAGUAUUUUAGAGGGCCACCUUUGGAGAUUGAGGUUCAUGACCGGGACAGAAAAAUGGCAGAGGACAUUAAAAAACCCUCUUUGUUUGGUGAUGAGCAAGAUGAUGGAGAGCUGAGUAAUGUGGGUCUUGUCUCUUACAAACACACAGCCUAUAAUCCAUUUACAGAAAAGGACAAUUUAUGGCACCCCUAUGGGGUAGCUAAAGUCAGUCUAACUGACCUACUACUAGGUGAAAAGUAUCUAAAUAUCAGUGUGCCCAUUCAUAGCUGCUCAGUUCCAGAUCCUGGCUGCCAGAAGGAUAGUAAGACUGAAAAAAUGAUGGGAGUAUUGGGAUCAGUGGCUGGCCCUCAGACUUCUCCAUUGCCUAUGGGACAUUAUCUAGAAUCGGACUCAGUCCUGAAAGUAAGAGUUGAAAUAGCUGUGCCGCUAGAUCUGCAGGCAGAAACUGCUGACACUGAAGUUGCAGAUUGCCCAUAUGGUUGCAUUAUCUAUAUUUUUGACUACAAUAAUGCACCUUGCUUACAUGAUUUGCUGCAAGAGAUUACAGAAAUUAAUGCUGAAGCCCUCCAACUGGAUUCUUAUCCUCUACAAGUAAUUCAGAUGGCUCUUGCUACUUUCAAACUGAAAACUGCGACCAAGGAAAUUUCUGAGCUGGAUAUCAUUACUGGUUUUCAUAUACUGGAUGGAACAAUUCAUCUUUUAGUCUUGGAAGGAUUAAAGGACAAAGCAAUCAAGAGACUGUGGGAACAGCAAUUUGAUAAGACUCACAGAACUGAAAAUGGAAGGUUGGAUAUAUUAUAUAACUCACAGCUGUCUUUCCAUCAGCGCCUGUAUACAGACCUGGAAGCGAUCCUGUAUCAUAUCCACCUCUGUAAACCCCUCUCUUCUAUAACAAGACAACCUCUCCUUUAUGUCAGGGAUAUGGUUCCUCAGGCAUGUUUCCAAGCCUUGUCCAGGCUUGAUUAUCUCUGCCACAGUAAGAAGUUAAGGGAUGUCGUUCAGAGAGGUCUGUUGCCCUCUGCAGAAAUGAUCACAGUCUUGAGUCAGGAAUUUGGGAUUCCCCUAACUAAGGAGGAUUUGUUUAUUCAAAGACCUUCCCUGCCCUCAGUCUCCCCAUUUGCUUUGCAAAACUCCAGAAAAGUUAUCAUAAAACAAGGAGCAAUGCAUUCUUUACUGGAUAACCACAAUGAAAAGUACAUUCAGUGUAAAAAGGAAAUGGAAGAUAAAAUGCAGCAUUACAAAGACCACAUCCAGACUAACAUUGAUGCCGUGUACCUACUCAGUAGGAAAGUGAAAAAGCCAAAGUUCAGAGCCAUCAGGAGUUCUCCUGCUGACGGCAAGUCGGUCUACAACUACAGUUCUCAGAAUCUGAAUUCUGCAGAACGGGCAAAGAUGCAACUUCGUAAAGAGCUGGCAAAGAAACCAGAGAGGAGAUUCGCUUAUUGCCACGAAUACCUGUCAGCCAUGUUUGAUCCUGUGGAUUUGGACAUUGUCCGGAAAGAAUCUAUUGCAAAAUCCAAGAAUUUGUGGGUAUCGCCAAGUGGGUUUGUAUGUCCUGGAUUUAAGAGCUGCAUUGAAUCCAAUCUGCACCCUCGGAUGCCUGAUGAGACACGUUUGAAGGAGUUAACUGAGAAAUGGCAGGAGAACCUUCUGUUUGCUAACAUUUUGGAGCCAGUGCUGAGUCGUGAGAGAUGGAGUUGGGACCAGCGUCAUAUAGAUUUUGAUCUUUACAAGAAGCCACCUGUUUACCUCCCAGCAUCAGCUCCUGCUACUCAUCGGGCAGUGGACACUUGGCUACAUGAAGACUCUGGUCAGCUUCAGAAAACUGUAUUUGAUGACACCAAGCUGAAAGUUUACAGGUGCUCCACAGCAGCCGAGCUAACCCCACGUGGCCCAAAAGCCAGUGCCCAGCUAGACAAACUACAGGGACUUCUCAAAGAUGAACCAGAGAAAUUCUCACUUAAGAGACCAGCCAUGAUCCUGCAGCCUAUCCCAGCACUGUCCGUGUUGCAGCAUAUACCUGCCUGUGGCAGUUACCCAGACCUGACCAGAAAGAGGAGCACCACCCAUGGAUUUGUUCCAGGUCUUGAAGACCAGCACAGCUUGAAGUGGAAUGGGAAUAUAGUCCCCUGCCAUGACAUGGAACACAGAAUGUUUGAAAAGCUGAAAGGAGCCGACUUCAAUUUACUUUGUUAUGAACAUUCCUUUCUUUACAAGAGGAAAAGACCGGAGAAGGGAGGGGAGGAUACAACCCUUCUGCUACAGCAAGAUGCCACUCAACAGUCAGCGACUACUUCCAGUAAAUGGAAUGACCCUAUCACCCAACAGUGACUAGAAGAUGGGCACGCAGUUACAAAUCCAGAUGUGACUUACAAAAAAAAUUUCACAUACCAAGUUCAUUAAAGACUGAAGUUUUAAUUAUUUUAGAUCUCCCACCCCUUAAGUCUGGGGGAAAAAACCCUGACAGGAACAUCAGAAAAUUGUGUGUUUAAUACCACACUCUUUAACUUGAAAACUUUUAAAGAGAACACUUAAAUACUUGGAUUACUAUGUCAGUUUUAAUAAUUCAUAAAAUAUCAUUUGUGUACAAAGAUCACAAACUAGAAGUUGUGGAAGCUGGUUAACUUACUCCAUACUCCCUAUUUCUUUACCUCUCCUAUCUGAGAAGUAUUUAAGAUUAUUUAAUGUAACAUCCAUCAGAAAAUUAGAAACCUCUUGCUGUAUUGUCAGUUUUAUUUGUGAACAACUGUGUUCUAUAUUCUGUGAUGAACCUGUUUUUAUAAAUCUCAUUUUCAUUUAACUGUUAUAGCAGUACAACAAAAAGUCUCUUCUGUGGCCUUCCAAAACUUGAGAUGCUAAUGUGUAUUGUCUCAAUUUAUAAAAAUCUGGCAGCCCAACAGCAUUCUGAAGGAUAGGGGUACAUUUCUGUUGAAGUGAAAGUGGAUUUUCCCUGGUUUAUCUGAAGGCCCACACUCAAAGAAUAUAUGCAGGAUGGGAUUUGCUCCUUGAAGUCUAUCCUGUUACACGGAGCAUGCAGAACCAUUGCUUCAGUGGAGGAGAGAAAGGAUCUAACAUUCCAAUCUGCAGCAGCUAUGAAUACAGAUACAAAGGUCUCUGCUCUCUGGACGAUUCUAGAACUUACUGAGUUAAGGUACAGGGUUCCAGGAGCAGGGUCUGCAGUUCUCCAUAGAAAACUCUGGUUUCAACAGACCUCUUUAGAUGGGAUAUUGAAAGGGUGUGACCACACCCAUUAGUCAGUCCUAGAAAAUAUAAGUGCACUCACUUCAUGAUCAUGAUUGCGUAGACCAAUACUGAUGGAUCGACUAGCCCUGGAUAUAGCUGCUGUCAUUGCAUACAUAUUAAUGGAGAUAUCUGCCACUCUCUUCAGAACCAGCUGCUCAUCCACUAUAGUCUAGAGAAGAUUAAAAAAAAUAAAUGUAGCAACUUCCAUUACAUCAUUUAAAACCACAAUUACCCAGCAAUGUCCACCCAAACACAAUGUAGUACAUUUCCAAAAAGAAUGUAUGCUUGUGUCACCGGUUUACUUCCUUUAGAACAGCCAGUCAAGCCACUGUAACAAACUUUUACACUUCAAUUUUCUUUGCUUUUCCACAUGUAUUAUCCCCUUCCUCCUUACAGUAAAUGGUCCUUAAGUGUCAUGCAUGACAUGGACUUUUACACUAUUCUAAGGGCAGCAGGGACUCCACCAAUUCCUCCCACCUGUUGCAGCUAAUUGCAGCUAUGACAGCACUUUCAGCAGAGGCUGUCUACCACCACCAAGGGUGAAUGUAGAAUCCCCACAGAUUUUUAUUUCAUAUAUUAGAUGGAACUGUAUUAUAAAGGAGGAAUACUAGCUCAUCGUGAAGCAAACCACUGUCCGUAUUUUGUCAGCUUUGAAUUCUGAUGUAGUCUAUUCAACGUGAAAAUCCUAUUAAAAAACAUGAUUACUUUGCCAAACCUCCUUAGCAAGCCUUCCACUGUAGUUCCAAAAUAAUAGAUGUUUUCUUCAAGUUUCUUGCCGCUUUCCUAUAAGUGAAAACAAAGGGGAUCUACUGUUUAGUAAUUAUUUUAAAUACAUGUUUUGAGUGCUCUGUAAGAAACUAGAUUAACAACUUGCAUCACUGAAGAUUUAGCCAAACAAACAGUGUACACAGUGUAAACGUUGGAAGGGCAAGCUGCUCCUUCAUUGCCCAGUCAGGAAUCCAAACCCCUGACCUGGAUGGGAUUUACUGAGCGUGGGGAAGCUCAACCCCACCAGUCUGUAGCCUCUGCUCAGACUGCUGCGAGAAGGCACUGAUUUAAAUAUUCCUAACAGUUGAAGCACAACUUCUCAUUCUCUUGAUUUCAGAAUGGCACUGGCUAGGUUAAAAAUAAACAUAAUUUAUUUAUCCUUAAUUUAAAAAGGCUGAAUUUUAGUCAAGUGUUGAGUCUGAGGCUCAUUACCAUCCUGUUAAAGCAUUGCAAUGCUGUUGUGCAUCUAAGAGCAGAAAGAGUGCACAAUAAGCAAUGAUCAGGCAGUUGUAUA